AUGGCUCCAGUCAAAAUCAAAUACGUUGUGUCUUUCACAUUUCAGGUAACAUCCAUGUUCUUUUAAAUUAAGGGAAAUAGGGAGUUACAAAACAAGCUGAGCUCAAAACAUCUAGUAUAUUAGUAGGCAAAUGGCUAUUUAAAAAUAGUAAAAAGCUUUAAACGUUGAUUUAAAAAAUAAAUAAAAAACACCAGUUAAUAUCAUGUCACUAACUCAUCGUAUGACUGGCUCUUUUUGUGUUCCAAAUGGUAACCAGUUGAUUUAAUUAUUUUACUAGCAGUGCAAUGGGGAGCUUAGACCCAGAGUCUCACCACUAUUAGUUCUUGUCUUCUUCUGACUCUAGGACCUUCUGGCAUACGCAUUUUCAAAUUAAGGACUAUAAACUUGCAGUAAAAGAGAUCUGAGCAUCUUGAAAUGCCAGCUCCAGUGCCAAAUAGUGGACUGUGCAGUUCUGCAGCAAUCUAGUGGGUGCAGAAGGAUAAAUACCGUCCUGAGAAUAUAAAAAAGUAAGAGUCGUGUGCUGUGCUUCUCGCUCCUUUUCUGGGGCAGGAUCCCAAGUCCCCGGUGGAGAACCUGCUGCUUGAAGAAGGGGUUCGGCCCUGGCUCAGCUCUCCCCAGGACCGGAGCAGGCAACUGAAAGCAGAGCUGCAGUUGGAACACGCAAGCCACAUUGGCUACAUUGAUGUGGGUAAGCAUGUGGGAGGAGGUAGCAAAGGAACCCCCUCUCUGGGAACAAAAGGGAUAGAGAGAAGUUUUUAUCUCUCUCUCAUAACACUGGAACUUGUUGAAAUCCAACGAACUGAAUGUUGAGAGAUUCAGCAAACAUUAAAGUACGUUUCCGAGCACAAUUCAAAGUGUUGGUGUUGACCUUGAAAGCCCUAAACGACCUCGGUCCAGUAUAUCUGAAGGACCGUCUCCACCCCCAUUGUUCUGCCCGGACGCUGAGGUCCAGCUCCGAGGGCCUUCUGGCGGUUCCCUCAUUGCGAGAAGCGAAGUUACAGGGAACCAGGCAGAGGGCCUUCUCGGUGGUGGCGCCCGUCCUGUGGAACGCCCUCCCAUCAGAUGUCAAAGAGAACAACAACUACCAGACUUUUAGAAGACAUCUGAAGGCAGCCCUGUUUAGUGAAGCUUUUAAUGUUUGAUGCAUUACUGUAUUUUAAUAUUUUGCUGGAAGCCGCCCAGAGUGGCUGGGGAAGCCCAGCCAGAUGGGCGGGGUAUAAAUAAUAAAAUUAUUAUUAUUAUUAUUAUUAUUAUUAUUAUUAUUCACGCAGCACAGAGUUGAACUGUGGAACUCCCUCCCACAGGAGACAGUGAUGGCCAUCAACCUGGAUGGCUUUGAAAGAGGUUUAGACAAAUUCAUGGAGGAGAAGGCUUACCAAUAGCUACUAGUCAGCAGUGCUUCUGAAUGCCAAAAGCUGGGAACCACAUGAGGGGAGGGUGUGGCUCUCAUGCUUGUAUCCUGCUUGCAGCUUUCACAUCGUGGGCAUCUGGUUGGCCCCUGUGAGAACAAGAUGCUGGACUAGAAAGGCCACUGGCUUGAUCCAGAAGGCCCUUCUUGUGUUCUUAAGGGCUGAUGCUGUAACUGCGAGGCAGGAUUAGAAGCACAGAGCAAGUGAGACACUGCUUUAAAUUUAGAAUAUGUUAAGACAGCAUGUUCUUCAAUGAGAUGUUGGCAUUCUGAGCAAAUGUAUUGCAGUGUAGGUUUGUGUUCAGGUGAUGGCUGGGGAGCUGAGUCCGUGGCUCUUCAAAACAGUUUUAAGUUUUAAUUUAUAUAUUUUGUAACUGUUGCUAUAUCUGUAUUGGGACGCAGGUGGUGCUGUGGGUUAAACCACAAAGCCUAGGACUUGCCGAUCAGAAGGUCGGUGGUUCGAAUCCCUGCGACGGGGUGAUCUCCCGUUGCUCGGUCCCUGCUCCUGCCAACCUAGCAGUUCAAAAGCACGUCAAAGUGCAAGUAGAUAAAUAGGUACCGCUCCAGCGGGAAGGUAAACGGCAUUUCCGUGCACUGCUCUGGUUUGCCAGAAGCGGCUUAGUCAUGCUGGCCACAUGACCCGGAAGCUGUACGCCGGCUCCCUCGGCCAAUACAGCGAGAUGAGCGCCGCAACCCCAGAGUCGGCCACGACUGGACCUAAUGGUCAGGGGUCCCUUUACCUUUAUAUCUGUAUUGCCCCUGUUAUACCUGAUUGCAAAUUCAAAUGUAUCCCUAUUGUGUUUUAUGACUUCCUUGAUAUUGUUUGUGGGCUGGAACUGGUCUGUGACCGAAAUAAUAAAUUUAAAAAGUGAAAAAUUAAUAAAUGGAAAAAACAAAAGGAGCAGGAGACUAGGGCAGGCUACAGGGCUCUGAGUCUGAAUGUUGGUGAACCCCAUAUGAGUGCACUGCAACUCAACUAAAUUGAGGGGGAAAGGCAGGCAGCGCCAGCAGGAGACAGCUUUCGGCCGUUUGAUAGUCAAAGUGCAAGUUCUUUGGUGCAGAUCUUGGUGUUCUGUUUGUGCUCUUCAGGGAACUGUGGCUCUGCCUUCCUUCAGAUAGACGUGGGGCGAUCCUCCUGGCCUCUAGACCAGAGCUACCUCACUCUGUUGCCCACCACAGCCUUGAUGAUGCCUGCUGAUGCAAAGCUGGAUAAAAAUCGUUCUGCAGUCCGGAUGUUUAAAGAAGGUAAGAAGGUGGCCACUCUUCAGCCCCCUGGAGCCCCCUGAGGACUGUAAAUGGCCUGGAUUGUAUUCGCUCAGCAUCUCCCUCUCUGUGCCCCACAGGAGACUUCCUGGCUUCAGCUCUAAAUGAGAAGUGGGACCGUGUCAGACUCACUUGCAGCCAGCCCUUCAACAAGCGCACACAGUUUGGUCUCUCCUUCAUCCGAAUCCGCACUCCACAGGACGUAGACGACAGCAAGCCAGGCCCAGUCUCUGUUCCUAGUCAGGUACAGAUCCAUGCGUCAUGGGUAGCUAUCCUGCAAUUUUACGCAAGCAUGGGGGCCAAAAUCCAGCAAGUAAAGAAUAUUGUUCACAAACCGGGUAUUAAGCUAGUGAAGUUGUUUGUGUAUAUCAAUAAAUAAAAUACUAAAACAAAAUAAAGUGUGCACAAGCUCCCCAUGUGUUUAUUUUUUUUCAAAUUAAAAUACAGUGGCGCCUCUGGUUAAGAACCUAAUUCGUUCCAGAGGUCUGUUCUUAACCUGAAACUGUUCUUAACCUGAAGCACCACUUUAGCUAAUGGGGCCUCCCGCUGCCGCGCAAUUUCUGUUCUCAUCCUGAAGCAAAGUUCUUAACCCGAGGUACUAUUUCUGGGUUAGCGGAGUCUGUAACCUGAAGUGUCUGUAACCUGAGGUACCACUGUAAUUGGGAGGCUGCCAAUUCUGCUGUUUGUCUGCUCAAAAGCCACUAUCUCCCCUAGGAAGUCCAUAAAAUUAUCCAUGGAGGAAGUGAAUAGAGAAAAUACUAGAACUAGAACUUUUUGACAGCUGAAGAUUCAGGGCAGAUGAAAGAAAGUGUUUUACGCAUCGCAUAGUUGAAUUACGGCACUCGUUCGCAGGAGGCAGUGAUUGCCACCUGCCUAGAUGGCUUCAAAGAUGGUUAGACCAAUUCAUGGGGUAUAAAGCUCUCAAUGGCUACUAGCCAUGGUAUGUUCCACUUCUACUGCCAGUGGCAGUAAGGCUUCUAAAUACCAGUUGCUGGGAAUUGCAGGAACUGAGAGUCCUGUAGUGCUCAGGUCCUGCUUGCCGGGUUCCCACAGGGAUCUGGUUACGAGAAGAGGAUGCUGGGGUUUGGCCUGAUCCAGCAGGUGGUUUUUAUGUUCCCUGCAAUAUGAAAUCACUUGAGGGAUUUUUGAAGGUUUACUGUUCCUAGCAGCCGCCAUUGUUCAGAAGCACAGUGACCUUGUUCUACCUUGCUUUGCCUGCCAGACGCUGGCAGGGAUGCCCUGCUUGUGAACAUCCCUGAGGCCUUUGAUUGGCAGGAUACUGAGCCAGGUGGGCUGUUGUUGUAGCCCAGAAUGGUCAUUCUUAUACUGAUGAGCAAAAUCUGUUGUUUUUUUGUAUUUGAGCUGAGCUAUAGAAGCGGGGGACAAAAGGAGUUUGUCUAGUAUCUUACACAGGACUUCCUCAGUUUGCUAAUUAUUGAUCUAAUUAUUGAUCUCUUAAAUGUUACCUCUCUCCUUUCAUCCUGUUUGUUGCCCACAGGCUCCUUCCGAGUCCAGCAGCAGCCCAUGGCUCUCCAAUGCAGCCUUCUGCAGGACUUUCUUCCCAGAGGCACCAUCGUAAGUACCUGCAUGUGUGCAUCCAUUUCUCGCACCCACCCACCUCUGGCACAGGGCCCCCAGAAGGAUGGACAGAAGGGAAUGCAGGCCUUAGCCUGAAACAAUGUUAGUUUGAAACUUCUGGAGGUCUUCAGGAUAAGGCUGGACUGUCGUGAGUGUGCUUUCUGUGCAGUACAUUCCAUUUUGGGACAGGGCAGGUUGGAGCAAUAGAGAACAGACAGUCCUUUUCCAGUUUCUGACUGUUCUUGUGGUUCUUUUGCUCACGCUCGACUCUUGGUAGCAGCUUUGCUUACAGGAAGCUGGAGUCUUGGUUCUGCAGUGGCCUCUUGAGGAAGCAGCUGUUGGGUUUCUCUUUGCAGGAGCACCGAGCAGGAAGCGGCGCUAAAAAGCCGGCUGCAGCAGCUGGACCCAGCCUCCAGCCCUGGCACCUGUAUGAGCCGCCCAGCCAGGAUGGUGUUGCAGGGGGCCUGUGCCCGCAAAAGAGCCUUCCCCCUGGUGCCUGGCCUCACCUCUCCUUCUGCAGAGAGCACAGAGGACGGGCAGAGCCAGCAGGAAGCUCAGGAGCCAGCUGUGUUGCGUGAGUAUUGGGGAUGCGCAGGGGGGUGGAGAGAUGGGGACACUUCUGUCUGCCGAUAAGCUACCCCUCCAAGCACUAACAUGGGGGCAGAUCCACAAGGGGAAUUCAAACUAUGUUUGAUGUGUUGAGCUGGUCUUGUGAAUAUUCCAGCCCGUGUCAGAGAGAGUGGCUUGAGCACCCUGGGAUAGUGCCCGACAAAAUCUUAAAACCUUGGACUGACUAAGCCAGAUUCCUUUUUCAUUUCAUUUCAUUUCGUUUUUUAUUUGCAUGCCACCUUUCCACAGUUAAAAAAACAAUGCUCAAGGCGGCUUACAGCAUUACCUUUAAAGCCCUAAACGGCUUCAGAGGACCAGUAUACCUGAAGGAGCAUCUCCACCCCCAUCCUUCUGCCCGCACACUGAGGUCCAGCUCCGAGGGCCUUCUGGCGGUCCCUGCGGUUACAGGGAACCAGGCAGAGGGCCUUCUCAGUGGUGGCGCCCGCCCUGUGGAACGCCCUCCCUUCAGAUGUCAAAGAGAAAAAUAACUACCAAACUUUUAGAAGACCUCUAAAGGCAGCCCUGUUUAGGGAAGCUUUUAAUGUUUAAUAGGUUACUGUAUUUUAGUGUUUUGUUGGAAGCCGCCCAGAGUGGCUGGGGAAACCCAGGCAGAUGGGCGGGGUAUAAAUCAUAAAUUAUUAUUAUUAUAUAACAAGAUUUACAUAAUUACAAAAAUCGUAAACAAUAAAUAAACCACAUAAAAAAUGCACAACCAAAUGGGAAACCAUUCCCACAUAAAUCAACAUCUAAAACUAAGAAUACAGUACAGCGUUAAUAUCACAGUUUAAAAUGACAUAGGUAAAAAAUAACAGCAAUUUAAACAAAAACAAAACAAAACAAAACGAAGCCCUCUCUGCCCAGCGGCAGCAGCAGCAGUCCUUUAUAGAGCCCAUCAGGUGUUGAGUGGCAGGACUGGGGCUCUCAGGCGCUGAGCAGGGGAGUCCUGAUGGAUCUGUGCUGCUGAUUGGGGUUUUUUUUCCUGGAUCCUUAAUUGCGUCUAGAGGUGCAGGUGGCCUUGGUGGCAAAGAGUGCAUUCUACCAGAUUAGGCUUGUGGCCCAAGUAUGACCCUCUCUGGACAGGGAUAGCUUGACUUCAGUUAUCAGGUGCACAGCCUGGGAGUCAUUUUGGACUCACAGCUGUCCAUGGAGGCGCAGGUCAAUUCUGUGCCCAAGGCAGCUGUCUACCAGCUCCAUCUGGUUCGCAGGAUGAGACCCUCCCUGCCCGCGGACUGUCUCACCAGAGUGGUGCAUGCUCUAGUUGUCUCCCGCUUGGACUACUGCCAUGCGCUCUACCUGGGACUACCUUUGAAGGUGACCCAGAAACUACAACUAAUCCAGAAUGCGGCAUCUAGACUGGUGACUGGGAGUGGCCACCGGGACCACCUAACACUGGUCCUGAAAGACCUACAUUGGCUCCCAGUACAUUUCCGAGCACAAUUCAAAGUAUUGGUGCUGAUCUUUCAAACCCUAAACGGCCUCAGUCCAGUAUACCUGAAGGAGCGUCUCCACCUCCACCAUUCUGCCCGGACACUAAGGUCCAGCGCUGAGGGCCUUCUGGCAGUUCCCUCGCUGUGAGAAGCCAGGUUACAGGGAACCAGGCAGAGGGCCUUCUUGGUGGUGGCUCCUGCCCUGUGGGACACCCUCCUACCAGAUGCCAAGGAAAUAGGCAGCUAUCUGACUUUUAGAAGACAUCUGAAGGCAGCCCUGUUUAGGGAAGUUUUUAAUGACUGAUGUUUUAGUAUGUUCUGAUGCCACCCAGGGUGGGUGGGGUAACAAUUAUAAUCAUAAUCAAUCAAUCAAUCAAUCAAUCAUCAAUGCUCUGGGAACCUCAAGAUUGGACUAUUGUGAUGUGCUUUAUGUGGGGCUGCGUUUGAAAAUGGUUUGCAAGCGUCACUUGGUGCCUGAGCCACUGAAGAGAAGUAUAGACCUCCCUCACAGCCUACUUAGAGCCAUUAGAGAGAGGAAGAGAACCAUUUAUAGAGUCUCUGGCCAGUCAGCUCUUCCCUGCUGUCUUCUAGCUGCAAAGUAGAUCGGCUACAAUCUUAUCCUGCCUGCAAAGAUGAAAAUAAUUUAGACUGUUUAGCUUGGAUGGAUAAAAAGGGAGGGGGGGGAGAAUAGCACUCUCCAAACAGGAUGGCAUGGAUGAGGUUAUACUGUUUUCAUCCUCACAGUAACCCUGUACAGGUUGGUCUGUCGACAAAACACGAUGUGAUGCAGGUGACCUUCCACUAAAACAGCGCAGGAGGGAGGUUUUUUUUUUUUAAAAAAAGCCUCCUCAAGUGCCGUAGCAGACUCCCCCCCCCCCCCGUUCCCCCACCUAGUGACUGCUGGGUUGAGAUCCUGCUUGUGAGUCUCCGGCUCAGUCCCCCGAGACUCUCCAAGACACAUCCAAUGGCUUUUUUGAGCUGUGGCGAUUUUAAUUACCGUAUUUUUCGCUCUAUAAGACGCACCUAGUUUUUGGAGGAGGAAAACAAGAAAAAAAUAUUCUGAAUACCAGAAGCCAGAACAGCGAGAGGGACCGCUGCGCAGCAAAAGUAGCAAUCCCUCUUGCUGUUCUGGCUUCUGGGAUAGCUGCAUUCACUCCAUAAGACGCACACACAUUUCCCCUUACUUUUUAGGUGGGAAAAAGUGAGUCUUAUAGAGCAAAAAACACGGUAUUUGUUUAAAAAAUAUUUGUAUACUGCUGUAUCAUUAACAUAUCUAUAUCUAUAUAUCUAUUUAUCUAUAUCUAUCUAUAUCUAUAUCUAUAUCUAUAUCUAUAUCUAUAUCUAUAUCUAUAUCUAUAUCUAUAUCAUCUAUAUAUCUAUAUCUAUAUCUAUAUCUAUAUCUAUAUCUAUAUCUAUAAAGUUGUUUACAGAAAUAAAAACCAGACAGAGGGCCUUCUUGGUGGUGGCGCCAACCCUGUGGAACGCCCUCCCAUCAGAUGUCAAGGAAAUAAACAACUAUCUGACUUUUAGAAGACAUCUGAAGGCAGCCCUGUUUAGGGAAGUUUUUAACGUUUGAUGUUUUAUUGUGUUUUUAACUGUUGGGAGCUGCCCAGAGUGGCUGGGGAAACCUAGCCAGAUGGUGUAGAAAUAAAUUGUUGUUGUUAGAACAUAAAACCAAUAAAAAGUUGACAACUUUGAGCUCUGGUCUCCUCAGCUGAAGUCCCCACCUCUGCCCACUAUGUGUGACAGUGGAUGUCUGCUUGGGGUACAGACAAUGGUGGACAAAGGCGGGGGCUCGCCGCUCACCCCUCCCGACACGCGCCAUGCCCCUGGAUGUACACCGCUCCUGGUACCAGAGCAGGUAUCUCUGCCACUGGGUACAGCAUGGCAGAAUAAUAAUAAUAAUAAUAAUAAUAAUAAUAAUAAUAAUAAUAAUAAUGUAUAUCCCACCCAUCUGGCUGGGUUUCCCCAGCCACUGUGGAAUAAGGGUUUUCAUCAGUGGGUGGAUAGUCCUGCCUUGUGGAGGAGGGUUUGGGCAAGAUCCCCUCUUUGGUGAUCCUUUGUUUCCAUCUCUCUGUGUGGGAUCUCAUUUUCUGUGGAGCAGUCAACCCCAAAGGAGAGUCUUAGCAGACACACCAGCCCUGCAUGACUAAUGUUGCUGACUUGGUUCAUCUUGCAGGGCCCAAGCAGGAAUCGUCUGCCAGAAGAGGGGGCACGAAAACGAGUCGAAGACGGGCGUCAUGCAGCAACCUGACGAGGUGAUUUGGCCGUGUGGGGAAUUUCCUUCCGGUUCAGUCCCAGUCAGCUGCCCUUCGGAUGCAGCUCAGGGUUCAAGGUGGUGGUUUCCCAGAGCAAAUCUGUGGCCAUCUCUGCAUCCUGCAGCUUCCAUCAACGCAGCAAAAAUAGAUAACGUUUCAGGACUCCUAAAGGGCGUGAUACUGGCGGAAUGACCUGAAUGCAGCUGUUAUAAUGUGGGAAAUUAAUGCAGUCUGAUUUGUUACCUCCCUGAAAAUAGAAGACAAAGUACAGUCAUACCUUGGAAUUAAUACGCUUCAGCUUAAAUAUUUUCAGGUUGCGCUCCGCGGUGACCCGGAAGUAACGGAGCACGCUGCUUCCAGGUUUUGCCGCUCGCGCAUGCGCAGACGCUCAAAAUGAUGUCACGUGCAUGCACAGAAGCGGCGAAACGCAACCCGCAGACGCGCUGUCGCGUCUUGCAUUCCGUUUGGGAUGCGAACAGGGCUCCGGAAGAGAUCACUGUAUACUCAAAGGGAAAAUGCCACCAUGCAUAGUAGUCGUUUUGAAUAAAUAGUGUAUGUGUGCUGAGCUGUGUGUGGUAUAAAGGGAGACUUUAAAAGGGACGUGGGUGGUGCUGUGGUCUAAAUCAGAGCCUAGGGCUUGCCGAUCAGAAGGUCGGCGGUUCAAAUCCCUGCGACGGGGUGAGCUCCCGUUGUUCGGUUCCUUCUCCUGCCAACCUAGCAGUUCGAAAGCACGUCAAAGUGCGAAUAGAUAAAGAGGUAGCGCUCCGGCGGGAAGGUAAACGGCGUUUCCGUGCGCUGCUCUGGUUCGCCAGAAGCGGCUUAGUCAUGCUGGCCACAUGACCCGGAACCUGUCUGCGGACAAACACCGUCUCUCUCGGCCUGUAGAGCAAGACGACCGCGCAACCCCAGAGUCGUCUGCAACUGGGCAUAACGGUCAGGGGUACCUUUACCUUUAAACAAAAGAAAAAAGGGAGACUUUAAAAUCUUUUAAAUGAGCAACAACCUUCUCCACAGGUCUGCAGCAGCUUCUUCUGUCAAGCGUAGGGGUAAUUCUCGAAGGGAGAGAAGAGCCCCAGGGCAGCAGGGAAGACUGAGGAACAUGGAACGUGAAGAGGAGGAAGAGGAAGAGAGGUGGCCUAGAAGGAGAGAGGUGGGGUUGGGUGUGUGCCCCAUCUGUGCGGGUGAGUAAUGGAAUGGAAAGAGUAGCUAAAAGAGCCAACAUGACUAGGACUCAGGGCUUGAAAAAGCAUGUCGCUAGUAACAGAUGUCAAAUUCAAACAAGCUGUCUGCCAGGACCGGUGCGACCAUUGGGCAGAGGGAGGCAGCUGCCUCAGAUGAGAGGAGCUGAUGGGCGGUAAAGGUACCACCUCCUUGGCUGUUCCCCUCUGUAAGAGGGCAGAAGCGGAGGUGCACAACACCCCCUAAACUAGUCCUCAGGUGUGCUGGAGGAUGUUGCUAUCCUGUUGUCACCUUCUGAACAUAGAAGGGGUUGCACCAUCGCAUCCUUUGCCUCUGGCAGCAAAAUGUCUUGGGCCAACUCUGCUAUCUGCAAUCAAUCGCUGAGUAGCCAUUUAUUUUUAAAUGAUGCUUUCUUUGUGCUUGCGUGUUUGUUUGCGUGAUGUUUCCUGUCUUUGAUUUGCAACACGUGGCACUAUUUGGCGAGGAGAAAUUGUUGGGAGAAGAUAGCGUUUUGUUUGCACCCUGCUGAUUGGGGGAGAGAGCGCGUUGUUUGCACCACGCUAAAGGGAUUGGCAUUGUAUUUGCAAUGUGCAGGAGGGUUGCACGUAAUGGGGUUGCAGUAGUAUUCUAACCUCAACUGGCAAUCUCAGAGUGGAUUGUGGCCAGAGACAGGGGUGGGAGAGAAGGGGGGGUUCUAGCUUCUGAUGGCUCUUGUCAGACCCUGCUGCUUCCUUCCACAGGCCAUUUCCCCACCAAUCUCUUACCGGCUCAUGCCUCCAGCUGUGGAGAAGAGGAUUUUGAAGUUAGCUCUUCCUCCUCAUCUCCAUCUUCGUGGGAAGAGCUUGUCGCAGACUGCGUCCACUGCCCCAUCUGCCAGUUUAGUUUCCCCGCUGCUGAGAUAGAGAGACACGCUAGCAACUGCGGGGAGCCGACUGAGGCCCUGGUGAACGGACCCUUCUGGUUUGGGGCAGAACAGGGCGAGUAG